AAACGAAUUGUUGGGAUAUAUUAUCCUGACCUAUUACUGUUCAGGAGCCCAAGACAUUAUCCAGUACGGAGCCCGAGCAGCUAGGCCCAUUUCGGCCCAUUAGGCCCGAUAUUGGCCCGUUUGGCCCGUUAGGGUGGAGAGCAUCCCCUCCCCCUAUUCUCUAUAAAUAUGGGAGCUUCCCUCCAUAUUAAGGAGGCUCUUUUAGCUUCUUCUUCCUUAUUUCUCUCUAGCUAGCUUACAAUACUCCAUUAAUGGGAGCUCAAAUUGUACAAUGUAAUGGUGAGGAGAGUCCUAAUGAGAAUGAGAGGGCUUGGACAUUAGCCUAAAAAGUCCCGUGAUUUUCUCCCUUUCGGAUUUCCACGUAAAAAUAGUUUGUUCAUACACAUUUAUACAUAUAUUUAUUAUAUCGUGUUGGAUUAAACUCAACACUGGCGCCGUCUGUGGGAAUUUGUCCAAAAAGAUUGCAUGUGUUCUUCAGUUGUUCUGCAAGAUUCAUACGAAAUGGACUGAUUUCAACAAAAACAAAAAAAAUGUUUCUGGAAAAUAGAAAAAGGCUACGAAUCUGGAGUUUAUCCAAAUCUGGAUUUUCCCAGAUCUGGUUUUGAGGUCGCCGGAGCCGCCGCACCAUCCCCGCCACGGUGGACAUCCAGUGAACUCAACCGCACCAGAUGGAGACCGCUGAAGAUUCCUAGGUCUCAUCAUAUCGAUCCAAGGAGAACUCCAUUGCAGCAGCACCGUUCGUCGCUCGGGGCUGGGUUCUCCAACUGAAACGUAGCACCAUCGUUCGUUGCUGGCGGCGGCGAGCUGUUGGUCACCCAUCCGUCUGGUCAGUCGCCACUUGGGCCCUAACUUCUCUUCCGACGCGGCCGGAGGGGUGUACCAGUUGAGAGCUCCAUGACUUCCGCCAUUAAUGGCGGUUCCAAACUCGGAAGAGAUAUGUUCACUAGUUCGGUUGAGCUUCCGCCAGGGGUUAACUUCUCUGGAGGUAGCACGAACUGCUAGCUUUUUGGUUGAGGACUUGUUCUUUCAUCUGCCUCUCCAAAGAAGGUGCCCUUCGCUUGGAUGGAAGCUGGCCACGUCGAGGAAAAGAGCGGAAGGAGUAGAGUCCGGAUCAGCCGUUGCGGUACUAUGCACUUCAUGGGCUCCUUGUAACAAGCUACAGUAGCUAAGCUGGGCUACUAUAUUGACCGUGGGUGUGGCAGCCAGCUUGCAGGCAUUAAACUUGGUCAAUGAGAGCAUUUGGGGUAAUUUUGACCAAGUCAAAAUUGGCAAUAGGGAGCAAACCUGACUCCAUAAAACUCCACUGGCCGAGCAUCUCUUUGAAGCUAAGUAUUGAAUCUCGUGAUUGCUAAUUAAAUUUCAAGUAGCAUUUUUAUUGCUAUUUUUAUCUCCAUUACUUAAAAGGGAUUAAAUUUUCCCGAAUUAAAUAAUGCGGAGCGAAGCUCUAGUGAUAGUUAGUUCGGCCAAUAUUUUAUCGAAUAUUUAAUUUCUUGAGGGCCCGAUGGCCCACUCUCAAUCAGCUUGAUUAAGCGAUCCGAGCGUCUCCAGAAGGGCGAUGCCCCGACGACGCAUUUUAAUUUGAGGGUUGCGCAUUAGUCCGCAUGGCACUACGUGCCCGAUCGACGAUCAUACCCCAAUGUAAUCUACGCCACUAGGCGCGAAGUGACUAUAGCCGAACGUGGCCUGUGGGGCUCGAGGGCACCAAAGCACUCAACCUCCUUUUUCCGAGGGCAGUGCGACCAACUUGGGUCUGAGUUUGAAAACUCACAGACCAGUGAAUAUCUCUAUGUGACGUUCGGCGGGCUGCUAAUUGGCCCCGCCGCGAGCUGCUACGUCCAUUAACCCCGCACGAUGAGCCGGGCCGAGGGUCACGAUGACCCAGAGGCCGGAAAUCGUGGGUGUUAGAAAGAAAACCAUGCGGAUGGUUAUGUGUGUAUACAUAUUGUCGGGUCGUGCGGCCCGUUACCAUGCUUAUUGCGCAGCUGAAGCCGCUCGACGCGCUCGAGUGAAAUGAUUUGAAGACGCUCGGCCCGAAUCUUGAAGACGUGCAGGGCCGGCUAAAGAGGAGACCAUCACGGCUGAGGCACCCCCCUUCCCGACGUGGGGUCCGUUUUCUCGAGCAUCUCCACCUAGAGGCCGAGGGCCUAGAGGAGACCACCACGGUUGAGAGCAGUGGGACGAGCAUCUCCACCCCAGAGACCGAUGGCCUAGGAAGAACACCUAGAGGCCGAGGUCUAGAGGCGAAUGCCAUGACAGAGAACCGUGAGACGACCACCCGUCAUUCAGAGGCCGAGGGCCUAGAAGAGAUCGUCACGGCCGAGGGCCGUCUGACACCAUCAUUACAUCAUGACCGGCCCCUCGGCACGACAUGAUCAUCAUAUUUGAAGACCGGCCUUGUCCCCGCACUGCGCGGACGAUGACCGUUGCUUGAUUUCAGAUCGGCCUCUCAUUGCCGACAUCAUUACAUCAUGACCGGCCUCUCGGCACGGCAUGAUUAUCUUAUUUGAAGACCGGCCUCGUCCCCGCACUGCGCGGACGAGGACCGUUGCUUGAUUUCAGAUCGGCCUCUCAUUGCCGACAUCAUUACAUCAUGACCGGCCUCUCGGCACGGCAUGAUUAUUUUAUUUGAAGACCGGGCUCAUCCCCGCGAUGCGCGGAUGACGGCCGUUGCUUGUUUUCUCAGAUCGACCUCUCAUUGCCGACACCGUUAUAUCACGACCGGCCUCCCGGCUCGGCGUGCUUUCCAUAUUUGAAGACCGGUUUCAUCCCCGCUCCUCGCGGAUGACGGCCGUUGCUUGUUUUCUCAGACUGGUCUCUCAUUACCGAUGUUAUUAUAUCACGAUCGGCCUCUCACUGCCGACGCUAUCAUGUUAUGUUCGGCCUCUCGGCACGACAUAUUUAUCUUUUGAAGACCGGUUUCAUCCCCGCGCUGCGUUGGAUGAGAGCCGUUGCUCGGAUAUAUCGGCCUAACCGGACACUAUUGUCAUCUCCAUUAUCAGGACCGACUGCUCAGUGACAUUAUGAUCAUUGUAUAUCGGCUCCCAAUGCCGACCUUCUUGAGUUAGCGAUCGGGCUCACCCCUCCCUUCACGAGGGUGACCAUCGCCUUCGCAUGACAUUAUGUGUGACAUCACUUGUGGUUAUUCUUGGAACCGACGAACGUAUUUUCCUCCCUCAAAAAAAAAAAAGAAAAAAAAAAAAAAAGAAAAAAAAAAGAAGAAGAAAAAAAAAAGAUGGGGAGAAGGGGAGACGAGAUCCUAUGAGAGAGGGAGUCUUGACGAGGUAUGCCUGAUCUUCCUUCGCCGCGUAUGACGAACGUCUCCCGACGCGGAGGCUAGUAGGAACGUGGGGGGGGGGGGGGGGGGCUAGACGUACCAAAGGGAACCUCGGCAAGAUAAACCAGUUCCUCCCAUGACCCGUGGUUCGAUGAACACCUUCUGCCAAAGCAGAAGGCUAGUAGGGCCACGAGCAUGGGAUGACGAAGCAGGGAAUCCCGACGUGGAUAAACUUGUUCCUCCUUGCGAUCGUUGGAUGACCGAACGUCUUCUUCGAAGUAAGAAGAUUAGUAGGACCACGACAGGGACGAACGAAGAAUAGGGAAUCCCGACGUGGAUAAACCUAUUCCUCCUUGCGAUCGUUGGAUGACCGAACGUCUUCUUCGAAGUAAGAAGAUUAGUAGGACCACGACAGGGACGAACGAAGAAUUGGGAAUCCCGACGUGGAUAAACCUGUUUCUUCUCAUAGUUGGGAUGACAAACGUCUCCUGCGAAACCAGGAGACCAGUACUCACGAGACUUGGGAAGAACAAAGAACCAGUUCUUUACCGGAGUCUGUUGCGUGCCGAGUGUACACCGCUUAGCGAUCCAUACAUAGGACCACGGAUACGGUAGACGAACGAAGACCAGCUCCAUGGAUCAGACACGAAGGACCAGUUCUUUACCGGAGUCUGUUGCGUGCCGAGUGUACACCGCUUAGCGGUCCAUACAUAGGAUCACGGAUACGGUAGACGAACGAAGACCAGCUCCAUGGAUCAGACACGAUGGACCAGUUCUUUACCGGAGUCUGUGCGUGCCGAGUGUACACCGCUUAGCGGUCCGUACAUAGGACCACAGAUACGGUAGACGAACGAAGACUAGCUCCUCAGAUCAGAUAGGAGGGACAUCACCCAGAUUUAUUUCAGGCUCACCAUUCCUUCCCGGAUGGAGUCCUGGCAGACGAUCGGCUUCUCACAGCCAAUCAGGAGAGAGACUUGACACAUCACCAGCACGGCCGAGGGCCGCAAGACGAUUACCACUCACCGACAGGCCGAGGGCCAUGAGAUGAUCAUCACUAUUUUUCUGCAUCACGAUCGGCCCCUCAGCGCCAUCGUGUCCAGACUCACGGUUCGGCUCGCCCAUUCCCUCCAGGAUGGCGACGACCGUCUUAUGCAGUAUGAUCGGCCCCUCAGCGCCAUCAUACCCAGCUCACGUUCAGCUCGUCCAUCCCUUCCAGGGUGGCGACGAACGUCUUAUGCAUCACGAUCGGCCCCUCAGCGCCAUCGUGUCCAGAUUCACGGUUCGGCUCGCCCAUUCCCUUCCAGGAUGGCGACGACCGUCUUAUGCAGUACGAUCGGCCCCUCAGCGCCAUCGUACCCGGAUCACGUUCAGCUCGUCCAUCCCUUCCAGGGCGGCGACGAACGUCUUAUGCAUCACGAUCGGCCCCUUAGCGCCAUCGUGUCCGGACUCACGGUUCGGCUCGCCCAUUCCCUCCAGGAUGGCGACGACCGUCUUAUGCAGUAUGAUCGGCCCCUCAGCGCCAUCGUGUCCAGUUCACGGUUCGGCUCGCCCAUUCCCUCCAGGAUGGCGACGACCGUCUUGUGCAGUAUGAUCGGCCCCUCAGCGCCAUCAUACCCAGUUCACGGUUCGGCUCGCCCAUUCCCUCCAGGAUGGCGACGACCGUCUUAUGCAGUACGAUCGGCCCCUCAGCGCCAUCGUACCCGGCUCACGUUCAGCUCGUCCAUCCCUUCCAGGGUGGCGACGAACGUCUUAUGCAGUACGACCGGCCCCUCAACGCCAUCGUACCCAGCUCACGGUUCGGCUCGUCCAUCCCUUCCAGGGUGGCGACGAACGUCUUGUGCAUCACGAUCGGCCCCUCAGCGCCAUCGUGUCUAGUUCACGGUUCGGCUCGCCCAUUCCCUCCAGGAUGGCGACGACCGUCUUGUGCAGUAUGAUCGGCCCCUCAGCGCCAUCAUACCCAGUUCACGGUUCGGCUCGCCCAUUCCCUCCAGGAUGGCGACGACCGUCUUAUGCAGUACGACCGGCCCCUCAGCGCCAUCGUACCCAGCUCACGGUUCGGCUCGUCCAUCCCUUCCAGGGUGGCGACGAACGUCUUGUGCAUCACGAUCGGCCCCUCAGCGCCAUCGUGUCCAGUUCACGGUUCGGCUCGCCCAUUCCCUCCAGGAUGGCGACGACCGUCUUGUGCAGUAUGAUCGGCCCCUCAGCGCCAUCAUACCCAGUUCACGGUUCGGCUCGCCCAUUCCCUCCAGGAUGGCGACGACCGUCUUAUGCAGUACGACCGGCCCCUCAGCGCCAUCGUACCCUUCUCACGGUUCGGCUCGUCCAUCCCUUCCAGGGUGGCGACGAACGUCUUGUGCAUCACGAUCGGCCCCUCAGCGCCAUCGUGUCCAGUUCACGGUUCGGCUCGCCCAUUCCCUUCCAGGAUGGCGACGACCGUCUUAUGCAGUACGAUCGGCCCCUCAGCGCCAUCGUACCCGGAUCACGUUCAGCUCGUCCAUCCCUUCCAGGGCGGCGACGAACGUCUUAUGCAUCACGAUCGGCCCCUUAGCGCCAUCGUGUCCGGACUCACGGUUCGGCUCGCCCAUUCCCUCCAGGAUGGCGACGACCGUCUUAUGCAGUAUGAUCGGCCCCUCAGCGCCAUCGUGUCCAGUUCACGGUUCGGCUCGCCCAUUCCCUCCAGGAUGGCGACGACCGUCUUGUGCAGUAUGAUCGGCCCCUCAGCGCCAUCAUACCCAGUUCACGGUUCGGCUCGCCCAUUCCCUCCAGGAUGGCGACGACCGUCUUAUGCAGUACGAUCGGCCCCUCAGCGCCAUCGUACCCGGCUCACGUUCAGCUCGUCCAUCCCUUCCAGGGUGGCGACGAACGUCUUAUGCAGUACGACCGGCCCCUCAGCGCCAUCGUACCCAGCUCACGGUUCGGCUCGUCCAUCCCUUCCAGGGUGGCGACGAACGUCUUGUGCAUCACGAUCGGCCCCUCAGCGCCAUCGUGUCCAGUUCACGGUUCGGCUCGCCCAUUCCCUCCAGGAUGGCGACGACCGUCUUGUGCAGUAUGAUCGGCCCCUCCGCGCCAUCAUACCCAGUUCACGGUUCGGCUCGCCCAUUCCCUCCAGGAUGGCGACGACCGUCUUAUGCAGUAUGAUCGGCCCCUCAGCGCCAUCAUACCCAGUUCACGGUUCGGCUCGCCCAUUCCCUCCAGGAUGGCGACGACCGUCUUAUGCAGUACGACCGGCCCCUCAGCGCCAUCGUACCCUUCUCACGGUUCGGCUCGUCCAUCCCUUCCAGGGUGGCGACGAACGUCUUGUGCAUCACGAUCGGCCCCUCAGCGCCAUCGUGUCCAGUUCACGGUUCGGCUCGCCCAUUCCCUUCCAGGAUGGCGACGACCGUCUUAUGCAGUACGAUCGGCCCCUCAGCGCCAUCGUACCCGGAUCACGUUCAGCUCGUCCAUCCCUUCCAGGGCGGCGACGAACGUCUUCUGCAUCACGAUCGGCCCCUUAGCGCCAUCGUGUCCGGACUCACGGUUCGGCUCGCCCAUUCCCUCCAGGAUGGCGACGACCGUCUUGUGCAGUAUGAUCGGCCCCUCAGCGCCAUCAUACCCAGUUCACGGUUCGGCUCGCCCAUUCCCUCCAGGAUGGCGACGACCGUCUUAUGCAGUACGAUCGGCCCCUCAGCGCCAUCGUACCCGGCUCACGUUCAGCUCGUCCAUCCCUUCCAGGGUGGCGACGAACGUCUUAUGCAGUACGACCGGCCCCUCAGCGCCAUCGUACCCAGCUCACGGUUCGGCUCGUCCAUCCCUUCCAGGGUGGCGACGAACGUCUUGUGCAUCACGAUCGGCCCCUCAGCGCCAUCGUGUCCAGUUCACGGUUCGGCUCGCCCAUUCCCUCCAGGAUGGCGACGACCGUCUUGUGCAGUAUGAUCGGCCCCUCAGCGCCAUCAUACCCAGUUCACGGUUCGGCUCGCCCAUUCCCUCCAGGAUGGCGACGACCGUCUUAUGCAGUACGACCGGCCCCUCAGCGCCAUCGUACCCAGCUCACGGUUCGGCUCGUCCAUCCCUUCCAGGGUGGCGACGAACGUCUUGUGCAUCACGAUCGGCCCCUCAGCGCCAUCGUGUCCAGUUCACGGUUCGGCUCGCCCAUUCCCUCCAGGAUGGCGACGACCGUCUUGUGCAGUAUGAUCGGCCCCUCAGCGCCAUCAUACCCAGUUCACGGUUCGGCUCGCCCAUUCCCUCCAGGAUGGCGACGACCGUCUUAUGCAGUACGACCGGCCCCUCAGCGCCAUCGUACCCUUCUCACGGUUCGGCUCGUCCAUCCCUUCCAGGGUGGCGACGAACGUCUUGUGCAUCACGAUCGGCCCCUCAGCGCCAUCGUGUCCAGUUCACGGUUCGGCUCGCCCAUUCCCUCCAGGAUGGCGACGACCGUCUUGUGCGGUAUGAUCGGCCCCUCAGCGCCAUCAUACCCAGUUCACGGUUCGGCUCGCCCAUUCCCUCCAGGAUGGCGACGACCGUCUUAUGCAGUACGACCGGCCCCUCAGCGCCAUCGUACCCAGCUCACGUUCAGCUCGCCCAUUCCCUCCAGGAUGGCGACGACCGUCUUAUGCAGUACGACCGGCCCCUCAGCGCCAUCGUACCCAGCUCACGUUCAGCUCGUCCAUCCCUUCCAGGGUGGCGACGAACGUCUUAUGCAUCACGAUCGGCCCCUCAGCGCCAUCGUGUCCAGAUUCACGGUUCGGCUCGCCCAUUCCCUUCCAGGAUGGCGACGAACGUCUUUAUGCAGCACGAUCGCCCUCUCAGCGCCAUCGUGUCUGGCUCAUGUUCGGCCCGCCCAUCCCUUCCAGGAUGGCGACGAACGUCUCUUAUGCAGCACAAUCGGCCCCGCCGUGCCAUUGUGUCGGGUUCAUCUCCGGAUUGCCUAUCCCUUCUAGGAUGGCGACGACCAUCUUAUGCAGCAUGUCUGCCUCUCGGCGCUGACAUGCCCGGGUUAUCGAUGAGAGCCUUCGUGUUCGAUCACAUCUCACAUUCCUUCUCUCAUACAUUGCACCCAUACAUUACAUGCAUUCAUGCAUUCAUGCAUCAUACCUCAUACAUUCAUACAUACACACGUGCAUCAUGUUUUGACAGUACCGCGACGUCGGUUUAUAGAUGCAUGGACCACUAAGCUUCUCCGUUGGAAAGCUUGGGUCAGAGUCCUUUACUCUCGCCUGAUGCAUUCAGGGGGAGCGUGCCCGUGGAGGAGCACCCUUCGCCCGACCCCGUCGGGAACGGGGGUGCCUCACCGGCAGAUUACGUUCAGGAGUGUGGACAUCCACUCAUAUAUUAUGAUUAUUCGAAGACACAGGUUCCAGCUAGAGAGAGGCAGAGCGCAGGCAAGAAUAUACUUUCUCGAGCAGAUUCGCGCACUCACUACUCAAGAAACUGGGGGACUUGUGUUGGGAUAUAUUAUCCUGGCCUAUUACUGUUCAGGAGCCCAAGACAUUAUCCAGUACGGAGCCCGAGCAGCUAGGCCCAUUUCGGCCCAUUAGGCCCGAUAUUGGCCCGUUUGGCCCGUUAGGGUGGAGAGCAUCCCCUCCCCCUAUUCUCUAUAAAUAUGGGAGCUUCCCUCCAUAUUAAGGAGGCUCUUUUAGCUUCUUCUUCCUUAUUUCUCUCUAGCUAGCUUACAAUACUCCAUUAAUGGGAGCUCAAAUUGUACAAUGUAAUGGUGAGGAGAGUCCUAAUGAGAAUGAGAG